AUGGCAGCCACUGAUCACCAGGAUAAUCACCUCUCACCAAACCAUUUGAUCCCAGCUACUUCCAUCUCAUCCUCUUCUAAAACUCAAGCUCCAGAGACUGGGCCUUCUGACAACCUCAAUGUAGCAAUCCAAGAUGCUGGACAGCAGAUGGAAUUGUAUACCCCAGGGGAAGCUGAUCAGACCACACAAAAGAACGAGAAGGUGCUCACCAUAACGGGUCCAGCCAAAACCUGGAAAAGAAUUGGGACCAAGACAGGUAGACUUCAAAGGGAGCCAGUCACACAUACACCUAUUGUUAUUGACAACAUCUCGGGUUCUAAGAGGGCCUCAACAGAGAAAGUUUCUUGUGAAGAUGAUAUUCAAGUUUCAUUAAGGGAUUUCAGUGAUCUAGGCAAUGAAGUUGAACUUGAUCAUAAUACUAAUGUCUAA